AUGCAAUUCUUUCCAUUUUGUCUGAUUUACAUUCCUCUAUUCUUUUUUCUCUUUCUUCAUUUUCGCAUCCCCUUUUUGCUAUUUGUAAUGGCGUAUAGUGAGAAACAAAUGCAAUUCUUUUCCAUUUUGUCUGAUUUACAUUCCCUCUAUUCUUUUCUCUUUCUUCAUUUUCGUAUCCCCUUUGCUAUUUGUAAUGGCAUCUAUAGUGGAAACAAAUGCAAUUCUUUCCAUUUUUGUCUGAUUUACAUUCCCACCCUAUUCUUUUCUCUUUCUUCAUUUUCGCAUCCUUUUUGCUAUUUUGAGAAACUUUUUCAAUUCUUUCCAUUUUGUCUGAUUUACAUUCCCUCUUUCUUUUCUCUUUCUUCAUUUUUUAGUAUCCCCUUUGCUAUUUUUGUAAUGGCGUAUAGUGAGAAACAAAUGCAAUUCUUUCCAUUUUGUCUGAUUUAUUCUUUCUCUUUUAUUCUUUUCUCUUUUAUUCUUUCUCUUUUAUUCUUUCUCUUUUAUUCUUUCUCUUUUAUUCUUUCUCUUUUUUAUUCUUUCUCUUAUUCUUUCUCUUUUUAUUCUUUUUCUCUUUUAUUCUUUUCUCUUUUUAUUCUUUUCUCUUUUUAUUCUUUCUCUUUUAUUCUUUCUCUUUUAUUCUUUCUCUUUUAUUCUUUUCUCUUUUAUUGCUCUUUUAUUCUUUCUCUUUAUUCUUUCUCUUUUAUUCUUUCUCUUUUGUUCUUUUCUCUUUUAUUUGUUUUUUUCUCUUUUAUUCUUUCCUCUUUUUAUUCUUUCUCUUUUUAUUCUUUUCUCUUUUAUUCUUUUCUCUUUUAUUCUUUCUGCACUAUUCUUUCUCUUUUAUUCUUUCUCUUUUUAUUCUUUCUCUUUUAUUCUUUCUCUUUUUAUUCUUUCUCUUUUAUUCUUUUCUUUUUUUUUUCUUUUCUGCCUUAUUCUUUUUCUCUUUUUGCUUUUUCAGUUUUUUUCUAUUUUCUAUUUUUUUUUUUUCCUUUUCUGUCCUUUAUUUUCUUUUUUCCUUUCCUGCCUCUGUCCUUUUAUUCUUUUCUUUUUUCAAUGUUUUUUAACUUUUUCAUGGUCUGCAUAUUUCCUUUUGUUUUUUCCUUUUCUGCUUUUUCAGUUUUUCUUUUCUAUUUUAACUUUUUCAUGGUCUGCUAUUUUCUUUUUUUUUUUCCUGCCUCUGUCCUUUUAUUCUUUUCUUUUAUCAAUGUUUUAGCUUUCUGCAUAUUUCCUUUUGUUUUUCCUUUUCUGCUUUUUCAGUUUUUUCUUUUCUAUUUUAACUUUUUUCAUGGUCUGCUAUUUUCUUUUUUUCCAUUUUUUCUUUUCUAUUUUAACUUUUUUCAUGGUCUGCUAUUUUCUUUUUUUUCCUGUCCUGCCUCUGUCCUUUUAUUCUUUUCUUUUAUCAAUGUUUUAGCUUUCUGCAUAUUUCCUUUUUUUUUUUUUUCUGCUUUUUCAGUUUUUUCUUUUUCUAUUUUAACUUUUUCAUGGUCUGCUAUUUUCUUUUUUCCUGUCCUGCCUCUGUCCUUUUUUCAUUCUUUUUCUUUUUUCAAUGUUUUAGCUUUCUGCAUAUUUCCUUUUUUUUUUCCUUUUCUGCUUUUUUCAGUUUUUUUUCUUUUCUAUUUUAACUUUUUUUCAUGGUCUGCUAUUUUCUUUUUUUUUCCUGUCCUGCCUCUGUCCUUUUAUUCUUUUCUUUUUUCAAUUUUUUUCUUUUCUAUUUUAACUUUUUCAUGGUCUGCUAUUUUCUUUUUUUUCCUGUCCUGCCUCUGUCCUUUUAUUCUUUUCUUUUAUCAAUGUUUUAGCUUUCUGCAUAUUUCCUUUUGUUUUUCCUUUUCUGCUUUUUCACUUUCUGCAUAUUUCCUUUGUUUUCCUUUUCUGCUUUUUUCCUUUUUUCUUUUCUAUUUUAACUUUUUCAUGGUCUGCUAUUUUCUUUUUUUUUUUCCUGCCUCUCUUUCUGCAUAUUUCCUUUUGUUUUUCCUUUUCUGCUUUUCAGUUUUUCCUUUUUCUAUUUUAACUUUUUCAUGGUCUGCUAUUUUUUUUUUUUCCUUCCUGCCUCUGUCCUUUUAUUCUUUUCUUUUAUCAAUUUUUAGCUUUCUGCAUAUUUCCUUUUGUUUUUCCUUUUUGUGCUUUUUCAGUUUUUUUCUUUUCUAUUUUAACUUUUUUCAUGGUCUUUCUAUUUUCUUUUUUUCAGUCCUGCCUCUGUCCUUUUAUUCUUUUCUUUUUUCAUUUUUAGCUUUCUGCAUUUUUUUUGCUUUUUUUUUUUUCCUUUUCUGCUUUUUUUCAUUUUUUUCUUUUCUUUUUAACUUUUUUUUUCUGGUCUUUUUUUUUUUUUUUUUUCCUUUCCUGCCUUUUUACUUUAUUCUUUUUUUUUUUUCAUUUUUUAACUUUUGCAUAUUUUUCUUUUCCUUUUUCUGCUUUUUUUUUUUCUUUUUACUUUUAACAUUUUUUCCUUUUUCUUUUUUUUUUUUCUUUUUUUUUUUCCUGCAUUUUUUCUUUUUUUUUUUUUUCUUUUUAUUUUUCAAUCCUUUUUGCUUUCUGCAUUUUUUCCUUUUUUUUUUACUUUUCUGCUUUUUCAUUUUUUCUUUUUCUAUUUUUUUCUUUUUCUGCUUUCUGCAUUUUUCCUUUUUUUUUCCUUUUUUUUUUCCAUUUUUUUUUUUUAUUUUUUACUUUUUCCUUUUCUGCUUUUUUUCCUUUUUUUUUUCCCUUUUUCUUUCCUUUUUUUCUUUUCUUUUUCAAUUUUUUCGCUUUUUCCAUUUUUCCUUUUUCUUUUUUCCUUUUUUGCUUUUUUUUUUAACAUUUUUUUUCUAUUUUUUUUUCAUGGUCUGCUUUUUCUUUUUUUCCUGUCCUUUUUCCUUUUUUUUUUUUUUUUUUUUUUUUAAUUUUCUGCAUUUUCCAUUUGUUUUUUCUUUUCUGCUUUUUCCUUUUUUUCUUUCCUUUUUUAACUUUUUUCAUUUUCAGUUUCCUUUUUUUUUUGUUUCCUGCCUUUUCCCUUUUGUCCUUUUCUUUUAUUUUUGUUUUUUUUUUUUUUUUUUUUUUUUUCCUUUUUAUUUUUUUCAGUUUUUUUUUUUUUCCUUUGCUUUUUUUCAUUUUCUGCUUUUUUAUUUUCCUGUCCUUUUCUGUUUUUUUAUUUUUUUUUUUUUCAAUUAUUUUUUCAUUUUUUCCUUUUGUUUUUUCUUUUUUUUUUUUUUUUUCUUUUUUAUUUUAACUUUUCAUUUUUUCCUUUUUUUUUUUUUUUUGUCCUGCUUUCUUUUGCAUUUUUCCCCAUUUGUUUUCUUUUCUGCUUCUUCUUUUUCUUUUCUUAUUUUUUUCCUUUUUUUCAUUUUCUUUUUUUUCUUUUUUUUCCUUUUUUCUGUUUUUUAUUUUUUUCUUUUUCUUUGUUUUAGCUUUCUCUUUUUUCUUUUUUUUUUCCUUUUUUUUCUACCUCUUUCCUUUUUUUUCUUUUUUCUUUUCUUUUUUUUUUUUCCAUUUUCCUUUUUUUUUUCCUUUUUCUGCUUUUUCCUUUUUUUUUUCUAUUUUAACUUUUUCUUUGGUUUCUUUAUUUUCUUUUUUUUCCAAUCCUUUUUCUGUUUUUUUUUUUCUUUUUCUUCUUUUUUUUCCUUUUGUUUUUUUUUUUUUUUUUUUUUUUUUUUUUUUUCUUUUUCUUUUUCAUUUUUCUUUUUUUUUUUUUUCCUAUUUCUUUUUUCUUUUUUUUUUUUUUUUUUGCUUUUUUCUUUUUUUUUUCUUUUUCCUUUUUUGCUUUUUUUUUCUUUUUUUUUCUUUCUAUUUUUUCGUUUUCAUUUUGCUAUUUUUUUUUUUUUUUUUCCUUUUUUUCCUUUUUUUCUUUUUUUUUUCAUUUUUUUAUUUUUCAUUUUUUCCUUUCCUUUGCUUUUUCCUUUUUCUGUUUUUUCAGAUUUUUUUUUCUAUUUUAACUUUUUCUUUUUGCUAUUUUCUUUUUUUUUUUUUUUUUAUUUUCCCUUCUUUUCUUUUUUUUUUUUUUCCUUUUUUCAUUUUUUUUCUCUUUUUUUUUCAUUUUUUUCUUUUCUAAUUUUUCUUUUUUUUUCCAUUUCUUUUUUUUUUUUUUUUUUCUUUUCUGUUUUUUUUUUUUUCUCUUUUUUCUUUUUUUUUUUUUUUCAUUUUUUUUUUUUUCUUUUUGCUUUUUCAUUUUUCUACUUUUUUCAUUUUUUUCUUUUUUCAUUUUUGUUUUUUUUACUUUUUUUUCUCCUUUUUUGUUGUUUUUCCUUUUUUUUUUUUUUUCUUUUUUUCCUUUUCUUUUUUUUUCCUUUAUUUUUCAUUUUUUUUUUUUUUUUCUGGUUUUUCAGAUUUUUCUUUUUAUUUUUUUUUUCCUUUUCUGUUUGUUUUCUUUUCUUUUUUCCUUUUUCUGCUUUUUUCUUUUUCUUUUUUUUUUUUUCCUUUUCUAAAAAUUUCUUUUUCUUUUGUUUUUUUUUUUCUGCCUUUUCCUUUUUUCCCUUUUCUGGUUUUCUUUUUUUUUUUUUUUUUUUUUUUUCCUUUCAUGCUUUUCCUUUAUUUUUUUCCUUUUUUUUUUAUUUCCUUUUUUUUUUUUUGCUUUUCCUUUUCUUUUCCUUUUUUCAUUUUUUCAGUUUUUUUUCUUUUCCUUUUUGCCUUUCCUUUUCCUUUUUUUUCUUUUUUCCUUUUGCUUUUUCUUUUUUUUUUUUCUUUUUCCUUUUUCUUUUUUUUUCCUUUUUUUUUUUUUUUUCUUUUUUCCUUUUCUUUUUCCUUUUUUUCUUUUUCCUUUUUUUUACUUUUUUUUUUCUAUUUCUGUUUUUCCUUUUCAUGCUUUUUCCUUUUUUUUUUUCUGCUUUUUAUUUUUUUUCCUUUUUCGCCUUUUCUGCUUUUUUUCUUUUCUUCUUUUCUUUUUAUUUUCUUUUUAUACUUUUUUUUUUGGUCUUUCUUUUUUUUUUUUUCUUUUGUCCUUUUUCUUUUUCUGCCUUCUUUCUUUUUUUUCAUUUUUCUUUUUUCUCUUUUUUCUUUUUUCUUUUUCUCUUUUUUUUUCUUUUUCUCCAUUUUCUUUUUUUUUUUGCAUUUUUUUUUCUUUUCUUCCUUUUUUUUCACUUUUCUCAUUUUUUUUCAUUUUCCAUUUUCUUUUUCCUUUUUCUUUUCCUUUUCUGCUUUUUUUUCCCUUUUGAUUGUUUGAUUUUUCAUUUUUUUUUACUUUUCUGCUUUUUCUUCAUUUUUCUUUUCUGUUUUUUUUUCUUUUUUUUUUUUUUUUUCCUUUUUCCAUUUUUCUUUUUUUAUUGUUUUUGUUUUUUCUUCUUUUGCUUUUUUUUUUCAUUUUAUUUUUUUUUUCCUUCUAUUUCAGUUUUUCCUUUUUCUUUUUUCUUUUCUGCUUUUUUUUUUUUUAUAUUUUUUCAUUUUUUUUUUUUUUGGUUUUGCACUUUUGUCCUUUCUGCCUUUUCUUUUUUCCAUUUUUUCCUUUUCAGCCUUUUUUACUUCUUAUUUUUUCCUUUUCUUGCAUUUUCCAUUUUUUUUCUUUUAAAAAAAAAUAGAAAAAGAUUUUUUUCAUUUUUGUUCUUUUCCACUUUUUUCUCUUUCAUAUUUUUCCCUUUUUUUACAUUUUUCUAUUUUUUUCAUGGUUUUUUUCCAUAUUUUUCUUUUCUUUAUUUUUUUAUUUUUUUUUCUCAUUUGUUGCGUUUUCCAUUUUUAAUUUUUUUGCUUUUCUGUUUUAUAUAUUUUCUUUUUCUCCAUUUUCCUCUUUUUCUUUUUUUCUCUUUUUUUUUUACUAUUUUUUCUUUUUUUUUUUUUUUUUUAUUUCCGAUUUUGCUCUUUUUUUAUUUUUACCUUUUUAUUUUUGUUCUUACUUUUCUGUUUUUUUUUUUUUCCUUUUCUGCUUUUUUUAAACUUUUUUUUUUUCAUAUAUUUUCCUUUUUUUUUUUUCUUUUUUUUUUUUUUCUUUUUUCCUUUUCUGCUUUUUCCUUUUUCCAUUUUUUCUUUAUUUCUCCUUUUCACCAUUGUUCCUUUUUUACUUUUCCUGCUCCUUUUAUUCUUUCUCUGCUUUUUUCUAUUUCUCCGUUAUAUUUUUUUUUUUCUACUUUUCCCUUUUCCUUUGCUUUUCAUUUUCCUUUUUUUUCCUUUUCUGCACUUUUCAAUUUUUUACUAUUUUUUUUCCCAUUUUGCUUUUUUCCUCCUUUUUCUUUUAAUUUUCUUUUUUCUUUUUUUCUUUCUGCUUCUUCCUUUUUUUCACUUUCUGCAUUUUAUCUUUUUUUACUAUUUUCAUUUUCCAUUUUUCUGAUUUUGCUCUUUUUCUCUUUUUUCUCUUUUUUCUUUACUUUUUCUCUUUCUGUUAUUUUCUAUUUUUUCCUUUUUUUUCCAUUUUUAUUUUUCCAUUUUCUGGAUUUUUUUCAUUUUCUUUUUUUUCUAAUUCAUCCGUUUUUGUCACUUUCUGAUUUUUUCUGUUUUUUCACUUUUUUAACCUUUUCUGUUCGUUUAUCUUUUUCCAUUUUCUUUUUCUUUUUCCAAUUUUUUCGUUUUUCUUUUUUUUACUUUUUUCUUCCUUUUAUCUUUUCUGCUUUUUCAUUUUCUAUUUUUAUUUCUUUUUUUUUUUUUCAUUUUUAUUUUCUCUUCUCGAUUUUUUUCACUAUAUUUGCUUUUAGCAUUUUUCCAUUUUUUCUUUUCUUUUUCCUUUUCUUAAAUUUUUUUCUUUUAGCUUUGUUCUUUUGCUGCUUUUUUAUCUUUUUUAAAUUUCUCGCUUUCUUUUUUUUUUCUUUUUUUUUUUUAAUAUUUCUGCCUUUCCUUUUCCUUUUAUACUUUUUCCUUUUUUGUCUUUUUCCUCCAUUUCUGCUUUUUGCUUUUUCUGUCCUUUUUUUUUUUUAUUCUUUUUUCAUUUUUGCCUUUUCCUUUUCAUACUCCUUUUCUUUCCUUAUUUCCUUUUUGCGUUUUUCCUUUUUUUUCUCCUUUUUUUUUUUAUUUCUUUUCCUUUUCUCCUUUUCCUAA